AGAUUGGUUGACUUAUAGUUUUUGAGCCAACGCGCGAACUUAUCUAUUUCCGCCUGUAAAUAGACUGGUUGCAAAGAAGUAUUCGAUUGACUGAUUAUCGUUUCGCAAUACUACAAUUUCAAUCUACAAGAAAAAAAGUGGAGCACCAACCGAUUAUAGAAGAAUGGAAAGCUUAAUUCCAGUUAUCAAUAAACUUCAAGAUGUAUUUAAUACAGUGGGCUCUGAGACAGUGCAAUUGCCGCAAAUUGUUGUUGUAGGAACUCAGGUUAAUAUGCUUUUUAACAUUUGUGCCUAAAAGCAAUUUUUUCAUAUUUGUCAAGCUUACGCAAGAGGAUAUAAUGAUCCUUUUCAAUAUUCAUUUUUCACCAGAGUUCUGGAAAAAGUUCCGUUAUCGAAGGCUUGGUUGGGAGAGACUUUCUUCCUAGGGGCACUGGAAUUGUUACAAGACGACCUUUAGUCUUGCAGUUAAUCUAUACACCAAGAGAUGAUAAAGAUAUUCGGUCCCAGGAUGGAGAGGUUAUAACGGCAGAGGAAUUUGGAAAAUUUCUUCAUACAAAAAACAAGAUAUAUACCGAUUUUUCUGAAAUCCGAACCGAAAUUGAGAACGAAACCGAUAGACUUUCUGGCACAAAUAAGGGAAUAUGCCCCGAACCGAUUCAUCUGAAAAUAUUUUCACCUCAUAUUCUCACCUUAACUAUUAUCGAUUUACCUGGCAUUACAAAAGUUCCUAUUGGCGAUCAACCUGAUGAUAUUGAAGCACAGAUUAAGGAAAUGUGCUUAAAGUAUAUAAGCAACCCUAAUUCAAUAAUACUUGCAGUAACAGCUGCCAAUACCGAUAUUGCUACGUCCGAAGCCUUGAAAUUUGCCAAGGAGGCUGAUCCUGAUGGAAGAAGAACGUUAGCUGUAAUUACAAAACUGGAUUUAAUGGAUCAUGGAACUGAUGCCAUGGAUGUGCUAAGUGGUAGAGUUAUACCGGUGAAAUUAGGAAUAAUUGGUGUUGUUAAUAGGUCACAAGCUGAUAUUAACUCAGCAAAAGAUGUAAAGGCUGCAUUAAAAGACGAAGCGUCUUUUCUAAGCAAAAAAUACCCAGGAAUCGCAAACCGCAACGGGACCCCUUAUUUGGCCAGAACAUUAAAUAGACUGUUAAUGCAUCAUAUUAGAGAUUGCUUACCAGAGUUAAAAACAAGGGUUAAUGUCAUGGCAGCCCAGUUUCAACAGCUUUUGAACUCUUUUGGGGAUGAAGUACAAGAUAAACCUCAGAUUUUGCUUCAAAUUAUAACCAAAUUUGCAGCAGCUUAUUGUAACACUAUAGAGGGCACUGCAAGGAAUAUAGAGACUACUGAAUUAUGUGGAGGAGCAAGAAUUUGUUAUAUUUUCCACGAAACAUUUGGAUCUACAUUAGAGACAUUAGAUCCGCUUGGUGGUUUAUCUCAAAUAGAUAUUUUAACUGCAAUAAGAAAUGCGAAUGGUACGAGACCAGCCCUCUUCGUUCCAGAAGUAUCCUUUGAACUACUCGUGAAAAAACAAAUCAAAAGACUGUUAGAGCCAUCUCUCCGAUGCGUAGAAUUAGUCCAUGAAGAAAUGCAAAGAAUUAUUCAACAUUGUGGAACUCAUCAAGAGAUGCAACGCUUUCCUAAACUUCAUGAGAGAAUAGUUGACGUUGUGACGACUCUAUUAAGACAACGAUUGCCGAUUGCAAACUCUAUGGUUCAAAACUUGGUCGAUAUUGAGUUGGCUUACAUCAAUACCAAACAUCCUGAUUUUAGGGAAGGUCACUCUAGUAAAGGUUUUGCUAAUUAUUUUUCACUAAAUGACAAUCACGUAAAAACUUCCGGAGUAGAUGAAAAAAUGGCAAAUUCUCUUGCUCAAAUAAAAGUAGAGAGUAAUCCAUCUUCGGAAAGGAACACACCUAAAAAGGUACAAGGAUUGAACCUACUGGACGAAGUACCAUCUGUUACGAAUCGGAAGUUGUCAAAGCAAGAACAAUCCGAUUGCGUCGUCAUUGAGCGCCUAAUUAAGUCAUAUUUUUUGAUUGUUCGUAAGAACAUUCAGGAUUCUGUUCCGAAAUCGAUUAUGAACUUCCUGGUCAAUUUUAUUAAGGACAAUCUACAAAGCGAGCUUGUAUCGCAUUUGUAUAAAUCAGAAGAAAUUGUAAAAUUAUUGGACGAAAGCGAAAUGAUAGCUACACGGAGGAACGAAGCUAAGGAAAUGCUUAAGGCUCUUCAGAAAGCAAGCCAUAUCAUUAGCGAUAUUCGUGAAACGCAUUUGUGGUGA